GCGGCGCCCAGAGCGCCGGGCGGCAGCAGGUGGCUCCUCUCCUUUCCCCGCCGCGCCGCUCCGCGCUCUCGCCUCGCCUCGUCUCGCCCUGCCGCCUCACCGCGGCCACCGCCGCAGCCAAGACGCCGCGGGCCGUGCUCCGAGUGAAGAAUGGGGCGGCGAAGCUGGCCAAGCCGCCGCCGGCGGCCGGCGAGACCCCCGGCGGCGCCCCCGGACCCGGGCUCUUCAUGGAGCGGUCGCAGAGCCGCCUCAGCCUGUCCGCCUCCUUCGAGGCCCUGGCCAUCUACUUCCCCUGCAUGAACAGCUUCGACGAGGAGGACGCGGAUGGGGAUGGUCGAAGACUCAAAGGAGCCAUCCAGAGGAGCACAGAAACUGGGCUGGCUGUUGAAAUGCCGAGCCGGACCGUCCGUCAAGCCAGCCAUGAGUCCAUUGAGGACAGCAUGAACAGCUAUGGAUCGGAGGGAAACUUGAAUUUCAGUGGAGUCCAUCUGGCAUCUGCUGGGCAGUUUAGUGACUUCCUGGGCAGCAUGGGCCCUGCACAGUUUGUUGGGCGUCAGACCUUGGCCACCACCUCAAUGGGGGAUGUGGAAAUUGGCUUGCAAGAGCGAAACGGGCAGCUAGAAGUGGAUAUCAUUCAGGCUCGAGGACUGACACCAAAACCCGGCUCCAAAACACUGCCAGCUGCUUACAUCAAAGCUUACCUGCUAGAGAAUGGCGUGUGCAUUGCGAAAAAGAAGACAAAAGUGGCUCGCAAAUCAUUAGAUCCUUUGUACAAUCAGGUGUUACUGUUUGCUGAGAGCCCCCAGGGCAAAGUAUUACAGGUGAUAGUCUGGGGAAACUAUGGAAGGAUGGAGCGCAAGCACUUCAUGGGAGUCGCCAGGGUCCUCCUGGAAGAACUGGAUUUGUCAACUUUAGCAAUUGGCUGGUACAAGCUUUUCCCAACCUCCUCGAUGGUAGAUCCCACUACAGGCCCGCUCCUGCGUCAGUCCUCACAGCUUUCCCUGGAGAGCACAGUGGGACCCUGCUGUGACAGGUCUUAGUGAGUAAGGAAGGGGGAACUGCUUUUGUUUUUUAAACAUGCUGUCAAGGUUUUGUUUGCUGGAACUCUGACCUCAAGCGCAAUGCAUGUUCAAUCAGUUCUUGUGGAGCUGGAAGAGGAGGAUAAACCAGUGACCUUAGACAGAAGACAAGGGGGAGGGCGCUGUGCCCUCUCCAUCCGAGGAGGAGGUGCCGUGGGGCAUGAGUCCUAGUUGUCAAAUUAGACAUACACCUCUUGUUUCACUUCUCUCGCUGUCAUUCUUGGACCCUUGUUUCAGAUCAGUAUUAACCCUGCAAAGUUGCAGCAUUUGGAAGAAUCUGGGGGAGUAAGGAAUUUUUCUUAACUGUGCAUCUUAGAAAUUUCUAAUACAGAUUCUUUCAUGAGAAGGUACCUGAAAGAUUCAGAGGCAGUAUCUGACCUGAAAGAGCAGGAGCAGAAAGUUUAAGAGGAAGCAUUAGGGUUUUUAUAAGGUCUUUCUUCUUGAAAGGAAGAAAAGAAAGAAACCUGCAACUCUUUCUUUAGAAUCAGUUCCCUAUCACUGAGUCAUGUUAACUGUAACACUGUCAUUGCUGUGUUUCCAAACUGUGCCAAAUUACCAGCAAGUGUCUUUACUGCAUUACUUGUCUAACACUGCUGAUGAAGCAUACUUGGUGGGAGAAUAAGUAGCGCCUACUUAGACCAGACAGUCUGAACAGAGUUUGAGUUGAGCAGGCUAAUUAACUGCAAUUUUGCUCAGAAAAAAAGCCCCCAGAAGUGGGAGCUGAACAUCAGACUUGCAGCUUGAGAUAUGUUUUGUGUUGUCAGAUACAAUGUUCUGCAAUUUACUGACUCCCUUACUUGUUGCUGUGCAUCCUUCAGUCACAGUGUCUUCUAUCUCCUGCUUUUCUUCCAUCUCCUUUGUGCUGGUACAUAUCUGCUGGAGAUGCUACCCUUCCUGUUGUGCUGUGGACUGACCUGAAACAGGACUGUUUUAUUUUGCCAUGGGAGAGGAGUUUGAGGUUUCUAUGGGUGCAGAAGAAAGAAACCUCAGUUUGUCAUCUGACAAAAAGGUGCUGGAGAGCACAUAACCUUCCUUGAGGAGAGAGGUGCUUUGGGCAGUCUUGGUAGUAUGCAAACAUUGUCAAGUGUUCUGCAAGAGGAGAUGCAAUCCCCAAAGUAUGGAGAGGUGGUAGGUGAGGAAUCUGAAGAUGCAGUGGUCACAGCAUGUAUAUUUUGUUCAUUGAAGUGCAACACUAGCUGUAAACAAGUCAUGUAGGUUAAGCCAGCAACACACGUUCUCUGAGCUGCUGAGCUGUGGUCAGCAAUCACGUGCUGGAGUAAGCACGCUGGAUCCUUCAGACAAUUAAAAUCAUCUUAUCCACAAACCACAGAGAAUCUCCAGAGAUUUUCUGUUGAAUGACCUGUUUUGGCUAGGUUUUGUCUUAGUUCCUAAUGAGGAUUUGAGGACUGCUGUCUCAGAAUCAGCUUUUGGAGAUGUGUUACUUUGUGAUUUAAAAGUGAAGGUCCCAUGUCACGUUUAGGGAGGAGCAGAUUCUCGACCUGUUGUAGGGGCACACUGAACAUUUAUUUCUGCAUGUGGACCUCAGCUUCGUUAGAAUAAAAGCAUGAGUGUUGAGUGGAUGGUAAAAGCAGUUGCUUUUGGUCCUAGCUUGUCUAUGGCAUUUUAAAUUAUUUUGAGAUAAAUUAUAGGAUAGAUGCAAAAAUAAUAGGCCUUACAGUAACCUCUGUAAAAAAACCUACAUAAUAUAAAGGAGAGGGAAGCAGAAUGAGGGACAUAGAAUGAAUAGUUUUUUUAGUCUUCGGUGGUAAAAGCCUCAACAUUUCAGAUAAAUCUCCUUAUUUCCUUGAUCAAAUAUGUCUCUGGCCUCUCACUAAUUAUUUUUUCUAAUCGUAUUAGACAAUUUCUAUAUAUUAGCUGAAGAAAGUUUGUUGCAUGCUGGUCAAACUAUGUUGUGGCUCUUUUAGUUUUCUUUUUGAAGAAAAAAGCACAUUUACUGUAAUUCAAGUCAGCAUCUUUUCCUCUUGGUAUGUAGUGAGUACUAGGCAAUAUUGUACAAUAUGUGUAUGAACUAGAAUAGAUUAGGUAGAUUUAGUGGUUUGUAGCACUGGAUCUUUUAAUAACUAUGUCUUUAAAAGGACUUUGGGGAGCUCCAGGUACAUGCCAGACCUGGCAGCUGAGUAACAGGGCUUUUGUCUUAAGUUAUGCUGAAACCUUUAUAUUGGUACUUAGUUUGGACAUUAUCUACCAAUAAUAGCUAGUUAAUCAUGGUUUUCCUGUGUCCAGUAAGAUGAAUGCAACGUUUUUGCAGUCUUUAAUAUGGAGUAGGAGACUAUAUAUGCCAAAAACAUUCCCCCAGAAAACUUUGUUUAAUGACUGUCUGUUGAAAAGCUCAAUUGCUGUAUGCCUGGCAAAUGUGACGUGUCUCUGUAUCCUACCCCUCCAAAAGCUCUGCAAGCUCAGUGAUGAUCAGUUUAGUUACAAUAGGACUACUUAACACUGAGGACUAUCUUCCGAAUGGUUUUAAUCAUGCUAAAAUGUCACUGUCAGGGUAGGAAAAAAACAAAACCAAGUUACAGUUCUACUUGUGUUAUUUUUGUCAGCGUUUCAGAUUCUGACAUUUGGAGGCAGUUUUAAGAGUCUGCUCCGUCCUGUUUUCUUCUGCAUUUUUUACAUGGUUGAUUGCAGUCCAGUGGUUCUCACUUUUGUUUCUACUCACUUCCAAGUCCUGUUUCUCCCCAGUAAGAGAACGUUGCAACCCCUGGCUGCCACACACAGCACAGUCACAUGAACUGGCAAGUGCAGUUGAUCUUCCUUCGUGCAGCAGACUUACAGGAGCCCUUCUGAGAGCACCCACAGGGCACAGAGUGAGGCCAGGAGGGUUGCACAGUACCCUGCAACCUAGAUCCUUGCUUCACUUGCACCCAUGAUUCCUUCAUUGACCAUGGUGUAUUACAGUUAAAAGUCUAGUUAUCCAUCAAUUUAAGACACUCAGUAUCACAUCCAAGGCAAGUCUUAGGCUUGGAAUAGCUGUUUUUUAUAAAGCCUAAGGUUUUUUUUCCCCAAAAAGUUUGACUUGCCGGUUUAUCUAAGGUGAUGUGAUAUGACAGUCGGGAUUGCCAGUGUGGUUGUGUAAAAAGUAGCAGUUUGUUAGAAUGAUGAGCAGCUGAAAACUGAGUUUUGGUCCCCUUUGCAAGUCCUGAAAGAGUUUUUUCCUGUGUCUGAGGGAAGCUGUUAUAGUCAAGGAGGGGGAGAGAGAAAAACAGACUGUAAAAAGGAAGAAGAGGUAUUGUAGUACUUCUGUGAGCAAUGAUGAGGGGUGAGAUUGAGGAGGGAUACAUAAUAAACACCUGCCCAGCUCAGGGUUGAUUCCCCGUUCCUUGUGCAUGGAAUACUGUGUUCUAAUAGUAAUGGGAGGGUUGCUUGUCAAAAGAGAAAAUGGAGAACUGGUUCCUAAAUGUUACCUGCAUUACUAUUACCAUGAAAAACAAGGGAAUGCUGGUGCUGGGAGCAGAAUGAUCUCUCCGCAGCGGGAAUCCCCUGCACACAGAGAGCGCAGCCUCGCACGUGGCUUUGUUCUCUUUGUGGUCUGAGCAAAACGCAGCUGUGACCGCGGAUAUAGACCUGGAUUGUCCAGGAAAAAGUUGGGAUACUUUCCCAGUCUCCUGGUGUUGCUUUCCCUUUGCCCCAGCACAGCUGGGAUGUCACAGAGCCAACACAAGGUCCUCACUCUGUGAGUCAGUCCGUGGGUCCUCAUCCCACAGUCGAAGCUGCGUGGGCAGGCUGGAGCAUCCCUUUGGCACUGUCCAUGGGUGCUUGUGUCCAUGGGCAGGGUAAAGGCCAGGUGACUUUAUUGUUUAGCCAAGUACAUCCCCACUUCUUGGCCAUGGAUUGUUCCAAAGGACAUUGCAGAAUUAUUUGCUUUGAAUGAAAAUCUCUAUUUAUUGUUUCUAGCUACCAGAUCCUUUAUCAAUGUACUGUUCUAAAUUUGCAGGUCUUCUGGAGUAUGAAUAUCACAAGUUCCUGUAAAGGAGCUGUUUUUAAGAUGUUGAGGCAGUUAACAGAAUCUCAACCUAAGCAUGUUUAGUAAUGUUUAGACAGCAAGACAACUUUUUUAUGAGACUCAUUUUAAGUUAGUUUAUUACAUGCUGAUUUAAAACAGGGAAAAUAUUUUUCUUUAAAGACAAAAUGAUGUAUGUUUUUUAACAGAUAAUUUAGUGUUUUCAAAACUGUUUAAUGUUCUGGGUAUGAUGUUUACUCAUUCUUUUGACUUCUAUGUUCCUUGUUCUAUUUUAUCAACUUUUUUCCACAAGAAAAGAGGCAUAUGUAAAUAAACACCAGAAAAGAGUCCUAUAGGAAAUUCUGUUCAAACUGGCCAUAGAAUUAUUAGUAAAGAUUUGUUAUUGUUCAUUAACUCUCAGCUACUAUUCAAGCCUUUGUUGAAAGAAUCGAUGUUGUAUUUUCAAGAUGAGAACUACUUAGCUAGUUUUGUCAUAAACCUGUACUCUGUAUAAAAAUCUUUUUAUAAAGAAAGUCUAAUAGGCUAACAAGCAAUAAUAUAUUCCAUUUGGUGUGCACAGAUUGUGACUUGCAGGCUGUAGUACAUAUUGUUGAUACAGUUUAUAAUUGUCUUCAAUCUCAGUGACAUCACUUUUGAAAAAGAUCCAUAUUAACUUUGAUUGUAAAAAAAAAAAAAACAAACCAACAAAGACUGGGCUGAUGCCUUGUGAGAUAUAUUCAUCCUAUAGACUUCUCUGUGAGUAUAUGUGCCCAUCGACAUGAAAUCUCUCUUAGGUGAAGAAUGAAACAGCUGUAGGUGACUCCAUACUACAGAGCUAAGAUAUAGUUUCAAUAUAAACUUCAUGACUGUUUUGAUCUCCCUGUUUUUCUUAGGCUAUCUAGUAUUUGUAACAAAAUGAGAAUGGUUCCCACUGCCACUGUAGCCCUGAUAAAGCAAAAAAGCCUCUGGGGCCACAUGAGUUCUGCCUGACAGCUGCCUAUUUUCCUCGAGGUACCGGGGUAAGCUAAAGGGAGGGUUUUUUCUCAAAGCAGCAGAUUGAGCUGCUCUUCUUUAAAGGCUUUGUGGGUUAUUUUGUCCAUUUCAUAGGUGGUAUUUGACCAUUUUGUUAGGAAAUUCCACCCAAGGCAGAGGGAUCGCACCUUCGCAGAGCAUCAUGGGGCCCAGCAUGUAGAACAGGAAGAGGCUGGUCUCUGCCAUUCUUCAGGAGUCAGCUAAUGCUGGGCUCAUCUAAAGAUUUUUCCAAAGUGGCAGGAUCAGGAUAUUGGAUUUUAAGUCAGCUCUGUCGUUGAUGUGGUGCAGAAAAUAAACCAGCUUCAGAGCAGCAUCCCAAUUCAUUGCCUGUGGAUUUCUCGCAGCAUUUUCUGUAGGAAAAGUCUUAAUGUUAUCAUGGAAUGGUUUGGGUUGGAAAGGGCCUUAAGAUCAUCCAGUUCCAACCCCCUGCCAUGGGCAGGGACAUCUUACACUAGACCGUGUUGCACAAGAUUCUGUCCAGCCUGGCCUUGAACUCUGCCAGGGAUGGAGCAUUUACCACUUCUUUGGGCAGUCUGUGCCAGCGCCUCACCACCCUCACAGUAAAGAACUUCUUCCUUAACUCUAACUUGAACUUCCCUUGUUCAGUUUUAAGCCAUCACCCCUUGUCCUGUCACUACAGUCCCUGAUGAAGAGUCCCUCUCUGGCAUUGUUUGUAGGCCCCUUCAGAUACUGGAAGGCUGCUGUGAGAUCUCCUCACAGCUUCUCUUCUCCAGGCUGAGCAGCCCCAGCUCUCUCAGCCUGUCCUCAUAUGGGAGGUGCUCCAGCCCCCUGAUCAUCCUCGUGGCCUCCUCUGGACUUGCUCCAACAGCUCCAUUUUGUUCCGUGUUGUUCUCAAGGUGGACCACGCAGGCAGCAGGUCACUGGCCCAGUGAUGCUGGGAGCCACUAUGAAUAGUGAAAUAAUUCACAAAGCAAUUUGUGAAAUGCUUUGAGAAGUAAGAGAUGUGUAAAUGCAAAGCACUGUCAGCAGAGAAGUCCAGGGCAUAUUGAGACCUGGGGCGAGCAUCUAAAAUGACACUGCAGCUAUCAAAUUUGAGCCUUAGGGAGGUGAAACCCCUCAGAAGGGGCUGUCAGGUUGUGCAGUCAGUAUCUCAUUUCUCUGUCUGACCCCUUUGCCUAUGCAGGACCCAGCAGCCAAGUCUGGGGACACUGGUAAAACCCCAGAGCCCUCCAUGUAUCCAAUGGUCUUGCCUGGCUUUCCAGCGUGCCUCUGUGAAUGGGCAGUUCCCCAGGGGGUUUGCAGGUGAUCAGGUAUUCUCAAAACAUGGCUAAAGAGGCUUAAACCCACACUGCCAGACUCCUCCUCUCUGCUCAGUGUCCAGCCCCAACCUCUCACCCAUCACAGCAGCAUCAGACUCAUUCCUGGGGACCCUCAACCUCUCCUCAUAGUGUAGACACCCUUCUGCCCGCCCUUCCCUGGGGGAGCUGCUCUCAUCCUCGUGGAGGAGAAGAACUGGGGUGGUUUCUUGUAGUAUUUGAUUCUUUGCUCUUUAGCAGCUGAAACUGAGAAGGAGCCAACACCAGCCCUUUACAGAGCACCAGCAAACAGAGGCUGCGACCUAGCGAUUUUCUCUUGGUGACUCUCCAAUGGCUAAAAGGGCAGCCAAAGCUGCAUUGUUAAACCCCUCUGCCGGGUCAGUAGACAGCCUUUGCCUUUAUACUGCACAUUGGGCACCUUGUGUGAGCUUGAGCCCCCUGUGCAUAGGGAGGAUGGGCUCUGGCUUGCAGCAGGGCCACAUCCAGCUCUGCUCACUGGGCUGUGAUGGAGCAGAAGCAACCCAAGGGAAGAAUGGAGGCACAUCUUUUGCCAAAGCCAUGCCCACAAGCUUUCCAGGAGCUAGGUUUUGUAGCUGUCUUGGUGCCACAGAUCUGGAUAGCUGCCUGCUGGGGAUCCAGAUCCCACUGAACACCAGGCUGGAACUUUAAAUCCUGCAGCAGCUUUUUUCUUUGGGGCUGUCGUUCCUUACCCAGUGCUGCUCACUGGUGUCUGCUCUGGUGAUUCCAUCUCUUCAACCUGGAGCUGGUUUUGGCUUUGUUUGGAGUGAGGAAGAGUGAGGGUUUGGAGAGUGAAUCCAGGGCCCAUUCCCCCAGCCUCACCAUGCUGGGGCUGCAGUGCCUCCCCAAGCCCCCCUCCUGCAGCACUGCCAUGGCCUGACAUCCUCCCGGAGUGCCAGUGUCCUGCCCACAUUUUGUGGCAGUUCUCAAUUCAAACCAUGGGGGAGCCUUCCUUCCCCUCCUUGGGAGGAGCUGGGGGUCUUCUGCAGCCCACACCAGAAGGCAGGGAUGGGGAUGGAGCUGCCUCUGCACUGGCCAGGGAGAAUGGGAGCUCCCAGCAAGCUUUCCUCCAGGUUCCCUUUGCUUUCCUCCUUUGCUUCUCCCUACAUGGGUUCUCCCUUUCCCUCUCAGUACGAGGCCUUAUUCCAACCCGAGGGGUCUGAGACUGCUGCUGCAUCUCUGCAAUGAAGCAUCCAUCACACAAUGCCUGGGUGGUGCUGCAGAGCUGGCCUCUGCUUGGACAUGGAGCCACCACCCCAGCACAUCCCCACUGUCACCUCCCCAGCUCUCUGCCUUGUCCCCCUGCUGCCCAAGGGCCUGGCCUUAGGGGGGAAGAUGUUUUCGUGGGGUUAAACCUUCAUUGACUGCUCCACAAAACCCUCAUAGCUUGGCAGGGGCACUGCAGGGCUGCCGCUGCUCCUCUUGCCUUUCCAUAGGAGUGGGGGCAGCUGAUCUGCUCUUUUUUGGCCUCUGUAACCCUCUCCAAAACCUUUUGGAGGUUUUUAACAUAAUCUGGUGAGAUGUAAUCUCUGUGGGGGCCAGAGGGAACACAGGCAAUGGGGCCGGGCAGCUUUCCUGCCACCGUGGCUUGCGAGGUGCAUGGGCUGCCUUGGGUGGAAGGUGGGACACGGUCCCGGCAGCGCCGGUGGGACGCUGGCGCUCAUCUGUAGUCAGGAGAGGAUUCUGAUAGACUUUUUUCCUGUCUGUAGGUUUUAUUCAGACACUAUGUAAUGAUUGAGUGAUUUACAAUUCAGUGUUAAGCUAAUGAAAACGUUGAUAAUGGUGAUAAUAAAACCUUUCUUUUCCUA